GUGGUGACCCAGCAGCGUCAGGCGGUGACCCAGCAGCAUCAGGUGGUGACCCAGCAUCGUCAGGUGGUGACCCAGCAUCGUCAGGUGGUGACCCAGCAUCGUCAGGUGGUGACCCAGCAUCGUCAGGUGGUGAUCCAGCAGCAUCAGGUCAGAAUCCAGAUGCUCAAGGAGUUGGACUCAAAAAACAACUUGUGGUGGACUUGAUUGAUGAUGUAGAUCCAAUAAAUGAUGAGGAUAAAACUAGAAUUGAUGACAUGAUAGAUAGAGAAUGUACCAUUGAUGGUUCCAGUUCAAGUAGUGUUCCUUUUCCAUUUGAGGUGGCGCAGGAUGAUGGCCGUGUCUCAAUAACAGGGGAAGCUGGUGCAAAACACAUGUUAUCUAAAAUAGCAAAAGAUAAAGCCACUGUCCCCACUCAACCAAUAUCAGAUUUGAAUGUUGGCCUGCAUUCAGUUUCUGUCAGAGAUGAUCAUGAUGACUCUAAUGAACAAAUACAACAUUCAGGAAUGGGAUGGGGUAACAAUACUCAUACAGAAGGUCCCUCUUCCAUGUUACCAGAUGAUAAAAACAGUCAAAUUGUUGAUGAUUUAAUCAGCUUUGAUGAUGUGAUUGCUAGUGAUGCGGCUCCUUCUGUCCCCAUGUCAACACUGUCCCAAGAUCCUUUGAGUACUUUAUAUGACUUGUCAUACCAAGAUAUUGAAGAUUUUACAGAUAACUUUGCAAACUUAAUAUCAGAUGAUGGUGCAUUUGGACCAGUUUAUGAAGGUGUAUUUAAACAUAAUGGUCCACAUCAUAUGCAGAAGGUGGCCAUCAAGAAACUCAGUCUAAAUAAGGGAGAGCAUGGUGAAAGGGAGUAUAAACGAGAAGUGAGUGUGUCAGAAGUUAAGCACCCAAACAUAUUACCAGUAUAUGCAGUGUGUAAAGGAGAAGGGUAUGAUGCUACAUUGUUACAUAUCAAUGACAGGUAUGAUGUUACAUUAUUACAUAUCAAUGACACGUAUGAUGCUACAUUGUUACAUAUCAAUGACAGAAUGUUUCCUUCCUAUAAUUAUACUUCCUCUCCAGGAGAUCAAAGAUCUCUGUGUGGUACUAAAGGCUAUCAAGAUCCUGAUUUGGUUCGAAAACCCGAUGGUUACUAUGAUGAGGCUUGUGACACAUAUAGUCUCGGAAAAGUGUUAAUGGAAUUACUCACGAGUACACUGGCAGAGGAAUUUGAUUCCGAAAAUGGAGAGUUUUUUCACACAAUUUGGGAGGAUGAAUGUGAAGAUGCAAAUGAUUUAUGCAAGUAUGCUGACAAAGAAUGGCCAGCAUCUGAUGAGAAUAAUAAGGUGACAUUGGAGUUCUCAAAACUUAUUCUGUCCUGUCUAUUAAACACCAGGAGACUCAAGAGGCCGAAAAUUGCAGAUAUAUGCGAAAAGUUAGAAAAUUUAGCUGCAGAGAAUCACAUCCAAAUUGUCACUCCAUCGGAAGAUAACAAGUGUUGUAUGUGUUUAAUGCAUCCUCGUUCUCGUAUUUCUCUGUUAAGCUGUGAUUGUAGAGUUUUGUGUUUGCCGUGCAUUAGGAAUCACAAUACACAGCCAUGUGUGUGUCCAACCCAUAGAAAUGUACAUCCAAUUAUAGGUCAUAACACAUUUCUCCUAUCUGUUGGAGUUGGUGGUGAAGUAUAUGAACGUGAUGCAGAAGAAAUUUAUAACGUGUUCACCAAUCCAGCCAUUGGUUGCAUUGAUAAGAAAAAAGCUUGGUGUCUGCUUGGGAAGGAUGCCACAGUAGAAAAUAUUAAGAGUACAUAUUCAAAUAUUGCCAAAAGUUUGAAGGAAUUAGAUGAGGAUGGAGAGAAUGUUUUCAUCUUUUACUACAGUGGGCACUGCAGCAAAGAAGGAUUUAUUAAGUGCAGUGGUGGUGGAAAAGAGAUUAGAGCUCGUAAACUACAAAUACUACUAGAAGAGAUAAAAGCGACCCGUCGGCUAUUAAUUUUUGAUUGUUGCUUUGCUAAUACAAUGUUCCCACACAAAUAUCGGUAUGGCACAAAGGAUGGUGAUCAAGACGAAGAUGAGAGUGAAAUUAAAGAUAGCAAAGAUGCAGAGAUGAAAGAUGUUUCAUUGGUAUCAACUGUUGGUGGCAGAGGUGUGAUGAUGUGGGGCUCCUCCGAUAAUCGCAAAGAAUCACAUGGAGCUAAGUAUGAAGAACAAGAUGGAAAUAGUGUAUUCACAAAGUACAUACUGGAUGGACUCAAAGGUGCUGAAAAUUGCUCUCUGAAAUUAGAGGAUUGUCAGAUCUGUAGCGACUAUAGGGAGUCUUUAAAAUUUGAGCAAUGUGUUUUGUUGAGUAAGAUUCGAGAUUAUGUAUUCAAGCAUGUAGAAAAAGAAAUGCAAGGCAACCAAAACCCCCAGACAGCUGGAGUCAGUGAACUAGAUUUUAAGUUGGCUUACUUAUUUUGA